CGUAGUUACAAAUUGUCACUUUGAAGAUCAAGACGUGUUUUGUAGUUUGCUCCCGACGUCCCCGUGGAGGCUUAUUGGAGCUCUGUGGGUUUUGCAGAGAUUACUUUAUUUUCUUUGGUGUAUUUUUGCUCACAGAGUAAGUGAGUGAGAUUUAUCAGCAGCAGCCACAGCCUGAGUGGGGCCAGCAGCUACUAUAUCCACCAACUACUGAUCGAAAUAUCGGAGGAAAUUUCAGUGAAUCGAAUAGUUUUAGGAGUUUUUUUUUCGUGAUAAGAGGGAAAAAAAGUGAUUAUAAGGCUUCAGUUUUUUUUUUCUGGGGAAGUUUUUGAUAGUAAAGGCGAGGAAAAAGAGUUAGAACGUAGAUUUUCUUUGUUCUUUCGAAACGCUCUGGUCUGGGAUCGAAGCUAGCGCUGGAAAUAGAAUCGACAUCUUUUAAUUUAGUUGUGCUUGUGAGUGGAAAGUGGCUGACAUUUUGAAUUUUUAUUUUUCGCUUCGUGCAAGUGUUUUGUGGGACCUUUAUUUGCUAGACUGUUGAACCCGUUGGUGAUUGUUUUAGAAAAGAAGAACGGUUCGAAAACAAUAUGGCAGACAGUCUAGUAGAAUCACCAGCCUCCAGUUCGAGUCACUUGAUGAAUCUCGGCGGAAUGAAUCAGCUAUCGGCAGAUUUGCAGCCGGGCUCAUCGUCCGGGGGCUCCUCUAUUCCUUCAUCCUCGACCUCUUCGGUGGUCGCAUCCUCAUCCUCUUCGUCCACGUCCGGGGGCCAGGCCUCGACAUUAUUGAUUUCUGUAGCCACCCAGCCUGCACAUGGCCUGAAUUUGGCAGAGCAAAUCAUGACCAACAGCCUAGGCAACAGCAGUCAAGCCGAAUCUCAGAAACCGGCACGCCCGGUCGAGCAUACGGAUGAGGACGAGCCGGAAACGAAACGAAAGAAAAUCGAUAAACCUGAGACCAAGAUGAUUGAAAAGCUGGAAGCCCGUCUCGGUGGCAUUCUGUGCUGUGCCGUCUGCCUGGAUCUGCCAAGGACUGCAAUGUAUCAGUGCAUCAUGGGCCAUCUGAUGUGUGCCGGAUGCCUGACCCAUUUGCUGGCGGAUGGCAGACUUCGUGAUCAGAACGCGACUUGCCCGAACUGUCGCACCGACAUCAGCAAGAACACCCCAUCCCGGAACCUGGCCGUCGAGAAGGCCGUCUCCGAGCUGCCCAGUGAGUGUCAGUACUGUGGCAAUGAGUUCCCAAACAAGUCGGUUGAGUACCAUGAGAACAAUGAGUGCGAAGAGCGACCGACGGCGUGCAAGUUUGCCCGUAUCGGAUGUCAAUGGCGUGGACCGAUGCACGAGGCCCCCUCGCACGAAACCAACUGUACCCACCCGAAGAAGUCGGGAGCCGAGGUUAUGGUUGCCCUGCAGUCUCACGAUGUCCGUGCGGCCGAAGAGAAGAAGCUGUUCCUUACGUUGAUUGAUCUCUUGAGUUACGAGAAAAUUAUCUUCAAUGACCUCCAGAUGAAGCCAUACCGGACCGAUGAAUACGUCCAUUGUCUGUACUAUGAAACGUCGCGUUUCUCCGCGUUCAACCACCAGUGGGUAGUGAAGUCUAUCAUCAACAAGAGCCAGCGUGAUCCGCACCAGUCGUGCGAACGGGACAUCACCUAUCAGUUGGUUCUGAAGUCGAAAACCACCAGCCCGUUGACGAUGCACUUCUUCGUGCUGCGGGGACCAUUCUCUGAUAUCAAGGCGAACACCCAGAUCUACAAGCAUGACUUUACCGAAACCGAAACGGAAAGCCCGUUCAAACUGAUGCCACUGCCGGAUACGGCCGAGUGCAACCGAUUGCUGGCGGCGAAGUGGAUCAAUUUCAGAUUGAUCAUGUUUUUGGCGUCGAAGUAAUUCCCCCGGCACGAGAAAUUAUCAGUCGUGAUGGUAACAUAUGUGUUGCAUCAACAUUGCUACUAUAUAAUUAGUGUUAUGAGUUAUUUCACUAGCGAACGUGCAGCAGAGGAAGAAAAUGAGUUGGGUAUCAUCUGAUUUUUUUCAUCAUCGUAUUUCCCACCCCCAUGAUCUAAAAACCA